AUGACAUUAGUUGUGCGUUGUGUGAAUAUGUCAAAUCUUAUGAUUGAGGAGUACUUUUUAGAAUUUUUGAAUGUUGAUGAUACUUCUGGUUUGGGGCUUUUAAAUGUAAUGCAAGAUGUCUUGAAAUCUCUAAAUCUUGAUGUGAAUUAUAUAAGGGGUCAAGGUUACAAUAAUGGCUCAAAUAUGAAAGGAAAACAUCGAGGAGUUCAAAGUCGCUUUCUUGAAAUAAAUCCGAGAGCAUUAUAUAUGUCUUGUGCUUCUCAUAGUUUGAAUCUUGUUGUGAGUGAUAUGGCCCAUUCUUGUGAAAAAGCUAUCUCAUGUUUUGGCAAUAUUCAAUGCAUCUAUUCUUUAUUUUCAGGUUCCACAAAAAGAUGGGAAAUUUUACUUAACAAUGUUCCUGGUUUGACCUUGAAGUCUUUGUGCAAUACACGGUGGGAAAGUAGGAUAAAAAGUGUUAAAGCAAUUAGAUUUCAAACUCCCCAAAUAAGAAAGGCUUCGUUGAAAUUAUUUAAAUCAUGUGUGGAUGCAAAAACAAAGAGUAAAGCAAAGAGUUUGGCUAAUGCACUUAAUAAUUUUGAGUUUAUUCAUGAUAUGUUCAUUUGGUAUGAUAUUUUAUUUGUUGUGUAUAUGAUAAGUAAAAAUUUGCAAUCCAAGUCCAUUUGCAUAAAUACUUUUAUAAAACAAGUAAGAGGCAUAUUGUUAUCUUUUGAAAAGUAUAGAGAAGAAGGUUUUGCUACUAGUUUAGAGAUUGCUAAAAGUAUUGCACUUGAAAUGGGUGUAGAGCCCAAUCAUCCUACAAAACGGCAUAUUGUUAGAAAAAGACAUUUUGAUGAAAUUGGCAAUGAUGCUGGAAUUCAAUCUGCAGAAGAAAUAUUUAGAAUUAAUUACGUUUUGGUUGUUGUGGACAUAACAAUUUCUUCUUUAAAAACAAGAUUUGAGCAAUUAAAGGCAUUUGAAAAUGUUUUUGGAUUUUUAUUUGAUUCUAAUAGGUUGAAAGCAAUGAAUGAUAAGGAAUUGAGAGAUUCUUGUGCUAAGUUUCACUCCACAUUCUCUCAUGAUGAUUCGUUCGAUGUUGAUUUUAAUGAUUUUUAUUCUGAAUUAAAAGUGUUACAAGUGACUUUGCCAAAUGAGUCAAUGUCUGCUAUUGAUAUUCUUAGAUUUGUAAAGUCUGCAGAUUGUUACCCAAAUGUCUUAAUUGCUUAUUGGAUAUUUUUAACUUUGCUCGUAACCGUGGCAUCAGCAGAAAGAAGUUUUCAAGUUAACUUAUUUGAGGUCGUCAAUGUCGCAAGAAAGGUUGAAUGGUUUGGAAAUAUUAUCCAUUGA